UUAAUUUUUAGCGAUUAUUACUUUAGCGAUUUAGAACGGGAACUGAACCAUAUUUACAACUAGGUUUGGCCUAUCCUCGGCCUAUUUUGGUCAAGUUGUUUUAGAUAGAAAUCUUUAUUUAAUCUAUAUUUAGAUAGAAAUCCUUAUUUAAUCUAUAUUUUAUGGUACAAUAGCAAUUCUAAACGUCAAUGGAAAACAUUACGGACUCAAUUUCAUAUAUUCAACCUCAAGAAUAUUUUUUACAGGGAGUUAUAACGGAAAAUAAUUUAGAAAAUGCAUUACAAAAAUUAAAAGGAAUUAGUGAUGACGGUGAUGGGCCUUUAAAGGAAUUCAGCGAUUAUGAAAUUGGACUUAUUUUACAAAAAAAUACACCAUUAUCUUCAAAAAUUUCUUCAUCAUUUAGAAUGAAAAUCAGACGGUCACUAUCUCAAUUUAGUUUACCCCAUUACAUUCGAUAUCAAGGUCCUAUAGAAAAUACAGACAAAACUAUGUCAACCUUGUAUAGGGCAUCUAUAGAUGUGCCAUGUUCAUCUAAUGUAUUAUCAUUCUUCAUGGAUAUGGGUUUUCAACAAGAAUAUGAAUAUAUUGCCAAGGGCUACAUAUUUCAUAAAGGCAAGUUGAAAAUAACCUUAUCUAAAAUUUUUAAUAUAAUUAGCCCCAACAAUUAUGAAAUAUUGCAACCUCUAUCUUCAUCUUAUGUUAUUGAUUUUAGCAUAAUUGCUCCUCCAAGUCAGAAAUGCUUGUCUGAAAUUAUUAAAGUAUUUGCUGACCAAUUGAAGCCGAUAGCCAGAAUUGAAAAGAUCAACAUAUUAAGACCAUCGAACAUGUUAUAAUUGUAUUUGAAAAAUAAAUGAACUACAUAUAAUGAUUGAUCUGUUUUAAAAUACGUGAGGUAAUUUCCUUCAAAUUGGCUGGUUUGCAAUAUUCUUCUACCCAAUAUAGUAUAGAUUUGGAAAGCUCUUUAAAAUUACUAAUGUUUAUAGUGGUAUUAAAUGUUAGGAAGAGAAAGUCCAUUAUCAUAUGAAAAAUCUAAAAAUUAGAUAUUUUAAAAAUUAAAAAAAAUAUAUAAAUAACAUGUAUACUAUUUACAAAAUAACAUAUAUAGAAACUAAAUAUUGUACUUGAAAUUAGUGCUUAAAUGCAUAAUUUUUUUUUGGAUCUACCCAAGCCUUUAUUAAAAAAGAACCUAACCAUUAUUAAAAAAAUAUAAACGAAUUUAAAAUAAAGAUGUGUAUGAUUCAGUUAGAGCCUUAAUUUGAGAAAAAACAUAAAUUGGUCCAGCAAAAAGAGAUACUCUGGAUCAAAAUUAUUUUAAUAGAAAAUUAAAUUGCUUUUGUAUUGAAAUGAUCAAAUAAAUUCACUGGUAUUAUGACAAACAAUUAGUAAUAAAC